CCAGGAUCAGCAUGCUGCUACUAGAAAAUAAAUACUGGCUGUGGGCCAGUCCUAUAGGGUGAUUAGAUUGUCUUGUGUGGUGGUGUUAUGUGUAUCUGGGUGAACAGCAUCAGUAUGGACACAUGCAUCAGCACAAACAGUAGUUAAGACUGGAGAGUCGACAAGAAGAAGACUGCUGUAAAUCGACUUUAUGAUGAAGUAUAUGCUUCACUUCAUCCUCCUCACCUCCGCAGUUCACGCAGGGCUGCUGAGAAACAGACAAAGUUGCCCGCAGGUCUGCGAUGCUUCUCAGUGCCCUGUCCCGACGCAGGCCUGUUAUUACGGGAAGGUGAAGGACGGAUGCGGCUGCUGCGUGGUGUGCGCAGCUGGUGAGGGUGAUGCCUGCGGGGAGGUGAGCGGUGGUGGUGGUGGUGACCUCUCCUGUGGUGACGGGCUGCGGUGCGACUCUCUCCGGGGAAGGAACGGUGAGCUGCAAAGCUCAUGCGUGUGCGCCUCCUCCGGCCCGGUGUGUGGCAGCGACGGCCGGACUUACCCCAGCAUCUGUCGCCUGAGAGCCGAGAACAGGAGGGCCGAGCUCGGUGAGAUCCCACCGGUCAUUUUCAUCAAGAGGGGACGGUGUGAUUUAGGAAUGCAACAUCCAGAAAGUAUGCGCUACAAGUUCAACUUCAUUGCAGACGUGGUGGAUAAGAUUGUCCCAGCCGUGGUGCAUCUGGAACUUUUUCAAAGGCUGCCAUUUUCCAGUGGGGAGCUCUCUGUGUCGAGUGGCUCCGGGUUCGUAGUGUCAGAGGACGGCUGGAUCAUCACCAAUGCUCAUGUUCUCACUAACAAGCAGCGGAUAAAAGUAGGGCUAAAAAGUGGUUCGCAGUAUGAUGCUACAGUCAAGGACAUGGACCAGAAAAUGGACAUUGCACUCAUCAAAAUCGACCCAGAUAGUCCCCUGCCUGUGCUUCACCUCGGCGAGUCAUCAGACCUGCGCCCCGGUGAGUUUGUGGUGGCGGUGGGAAGCCCUUUCGCCCUGCAGAACACUGUCACCACCGGCAUUGUCAGCACUGCCCAGCGCAACGGCGUGGAGUUGGGCUUCAAGGACUCUGACAUGGACUACAUCCAAACUGAUGCCAUCAUUAAUUACGGUAACUCCGGUGGACCACUUGUCAACUUGGAUGGAGAUGUAAUAGGCAUAAAUACUCUGAAAGUGGCAGCAGGUAUCUCUUUUGCCAUCCCUGCAGACAGAAUACGCCAGUUCCUCGCUGAAUCAUUCAUCAGACAAGUCAACGGAAAUAGAGCACAAAAGAAGAAAUACAUAGGUGUGCGGAUGCUCCAGCUCACACCGACUUUGAUCCAAGAUUUCAAGGAACAUAAGGUUGAAUUUCCAGAUGUGAGCUCGGGGGUUUACAUUUACGAAGUAAUACCUGGAACAGCUGCAUCCAGCGCCGGCUUGAUCAAUCACGACAUCAUAAUCAACAUCAAUGGACAGCCCGUCCACACCAUGCAGGAAGUGAGCGAAGCUAUCCAGAGCAGCACUGAACUUUCAAUGGUGGUGAGACGAAAAGACGAGGAUGUGUCAGUAAUUAUCUAUCCUGAAGAGGGUGACUGAUACCACAGACUGUAAAUGUCAGCCAUUAAAGAGAAAAAAAACUUAUUCUCAGGGUUUAAAGUGGGAUUUGGCAGGUGGGAGAACCCAGAGAUGUGGUGCAGUGUGGGGCACAAAGUCUUCCCACAUGCAUAUCCUGAUUCAUAAAAUGUAAGCAUUUGCUGCUUUUAUCAAUUCUAAUAAUCUGAUAUUCGGUUUUAGAGUUUUUACAUAAUGUAAAGAUUAAGUAAAGUC